ACAUGUUGAAAAAACACUUUUGUCCGUUAAGUACACUGAAGAUCCUUACCGCCGCCGGGGAUUAAUUUCACGGUUUCCCGCUUUUCUACGGAGAAUAUUAGCCGAGUGUAUCCGGGACAAUUACGGGGCAGCGGAAAUCAGGCGGAGAUUAGACAAUCAGGAGCAGCAAGGCCAGCGGAUUGGAUCCGCUCGUGCCGCACCUGAGGGCACAUAUACGGGGGUUAUACCAGCGGCCUCUUGAUUACCGUAAUCGCUCAAGGGAGAAUUAUGAUUAAAAUCUCGGCAAUCUUGGUUAUAUUGCAGCAGUACAGCGAUUUUUACAUUUAUUUCACUGUCAAUCGGCCAGUGCACUCUGGUGAAAGGUUAUUCGAAGCUGUGAUUACGGAAAGCUGUGACCAUGAAAGUACUCAAGUGUAUUCUGGCGCUGUGCAGUUACAGUGUGGUGUGUAAUCGCUGCCAGGGACUGACCAUCCAAGCCACCAGUGGACUUCGGCUACCGUCCCCUAGCAGUCGCCACAUGCCCAUGCUUAAGAAACAGUCGCUACAGAACCUAAUUUUUCUGGUGCGUAUGGCGCCGUUUCCAAAAGUGGCCCGUCGGCAUUCCCGUCGAGAUCCGGCACUGGAGAGCAGUAUGGAGGAGAGGCCUGACAGCCAAACACAAUCGCCUAUGGUCGUUUUGGCUAACUGGGAUCGCUUUAAGGCCUCCGUGCAAGCUAGAUGGCAAUCGAGCGGGAAGGACAAAGAGUCAACCACGACCGAAAGCUCGCAUGUACCGCUGUUGAACGGAUUGGCCAUUCCCAAGCUGUUCUUUAUCGGUGGCAACCGCGUUGCGUAUAUGCCGCAGUCGGCUACCCAUCAUCCGCGUGUACCAACGAAAUUCCCCUUUAAGAAAUAUCGCGGCCGAUAAUUAUUAUAAGUGCAUCCAUAAUUUUUGUUUUAAUUGAAUUGCUUAGUAGAGCUUGUACCGUAGAUACGUCGUAAUAUCAUUCACAUGUUUUCAUUUU